AUGCCUUUGCAAGUUGGCUCUAUCGAAGUUUUACAAAGGCCUGUGGAACCUCCUGAAACUUCAGAUCCUCAUUAUGAUGAUUCGCAGUCCUCCACAACGAUCUUACCAGAACAUUAUAGGAAAGGUCCGAACGCUGCACCCUUCCAAGCAGCAACGGUUUUUGAAAAGGAUGUCAAGAUCAGUCUGCGGGAUGGGACGAAAAUUCGUGCUGAUAUUUUUCGCCCGCACGGGGUUGUUGAACCUGUUCCUGCAUUAAUCGCCUGGAGCCCCUAUGGAAAAUCUGGCCGAGUAGGUCACUUCAAUCUCAGUAUUAUUCCUGGUCGUGUUGGAGUCCCGGAAGACAGGGUCUCGGGCUUUGAGAAAUUUGAAGCUCCGGAUCCUGCCGAAUGGACAGCUCGUGGAUACGCUAUUGUCAAUGCGGACUCAAGGGGAGUAUAUGACUCGGAGGGAGAUAUUCGAUGGUUAGGAUCUGCUGAGGGGCAAGAUGGGUAUGAUGCUGUGGAAGAAAUUUCCAAAAUGCCGUGGUGUAGUGGCAGUGUUGGACUUGUUGGCAACUCAUGGCUCGGUAUGGCGCAAUGGUUCAUUGCAGCCGAGCGACCUCCUCAUUUGAAAUGCAUUGCUCCUUUAGAGGGGGCAAGUGAUAUGUACCGUGAGCUCUGGUGUCGAGGGGGUAUACCUCAAUGGCCAUUUUGGGAAUUUUUGGCUCAGGUUAUGUGUGGUCGUAGCCGACAAGAAGAUGUGAAGGGAAUGCUGGAGAAGUAUCCCCUGAUGAAUGAGUAUUGGGAAGAUAAGCGUGCGAAAAUUAGUCAAAUCAGCGUACCUACCUACGUUCUUGCGAGCUAUUCCACAUUUCUGCACACCAUGGGCUCUUUUCGUGGGUUCGAAGAGCUCGAUCAUGAACAAAAAUGGUUACGAGUCCAUGCUACACAAGAGUGGCAUGACCUUUAUAAAUCUAGCACAAAUGACGAGCUCCAGAUGUUUUUCGACAGAUACAUGAAAGGAAUUCAGAAUGGCUGGGAAAUGACUCCGAGGGUUCGAGUAUCCCUGCUACAAUUUAACAAAGAACCAAUGGUGAACGUUAAUUUUGAGAAUUGGCCUGUUCCUUCUGCGAAAUUCGAGACUUUACAUCUGGCUGCAAACGGUCUCUUGUCGAAAGAUGCUCCAACACAGGCUGAGUGUCUUUCGUACCAGUCGGAUGUCGAAAGUUUGCAGAUGGACUCAGAUGGGGAGGAGCUUUGCUUCGAGUAUAUCUUUCCCCGAAAGUCAUGUAUUUUAGGCUGUGCGCGAGCUGUUCUCCACAUGUCUUGCAUGGAUUUUGAUGAUAUGGAUGUAUUUGUCCAAUUACGCAAGGCGGACAAAGAGGGUAACAUGCUACAAAACAUCAACAUUCCUCUUCAUGACCUGCAAAUGGAUGCAGCAGAGGUCGAGAACGUCAACCCUCUAAAAUACCUUGGUCCGACGGGAGCCCUUCGUGCCAGCCAUCGCGCUAUUGAUGAACGCUUGUCAACUACAUCUUGGCCUGAGCACGAUUACACUUUCAGAAAUCCCGUUACGCGUGGAGAAGUGGUUAAACUGGACAUUGGUAUCUGGCAAACAGGCAUCAUCUUUGACGCUGGUGAAAGACUUAUACUUAAAGUUUCUGGCCACAAUAUGACGUUGGCCGAAUUCCCUACCUUACGAGGACGCUUGGCCGCUAAGAAUUCGGGCAGGCAUAGCCUCCAUCUUGGGGGUUCGCACAAAAGCCAUUUGGUGAUUCCGCUGGUGGACUUGGAGAAAAUCUUGGAUAUAAAGACUCAUCGUGGUGAUAAAUAA